ACCAAAAGUCCAAAACCCCCUUUGGCGCCUCCAUCUUCAUCCAAAGAGAGAUGGCGCCAUCAAACAAGCUCACGCUGAUCGCAUUGCUCGUCGCCUUCGCCAUCGUCGCUCCGUCUGCGGCGGUUAGAGAUGGAGGAGCAGCCAAGGAUGCCCCGGCGCCGGCGCCGUCGGCCAGCGGAGAAGCUACUGUGCACCCCAUGGGCUUCUUUGAUGAUAUCCUGGACGAUAUAAUCCACUUCCGCAUCCCUGACCUGCCUCUGCCACCAAUCCUGCCUUGCCCUCCUGAUUUCCCCAUAAAAAUCCCGUUCAUCCCCUGCUACAAUGAAACAAACACGCUGGAGUGCAGGUCGUCGCUGGCGAAGUACAUGCCGCCAUGCGCCGGCUUCCUCACCGACGCCGACGACAGUGGCAGCGCGUCCUCGCCUCCGAAGGAGUGCUGCAACGCCAUCGGAUCGUUCCUCGAGGAUCCCAUGGCUCUGUGCCUCUGCCACGUCGUGAACGGCGACUUCGGCAAGCUCCUGAAGGCGCCGAUGAACCCCAAGCGCGCCAACUCCUUCCUGCAGCAGUGUGGUUUUGAACUAUCAUCGGCCCAAGUAUCCAGGAUCUGCUCCGGCAAUACUACGCUCACCAUUCCGCCGAUGGAUGCUCCGAGUCCUCCACGUCCACCAACUUGGCGCCACCACGGAACAAAGGGUGGAUCGCCAUAA